UUCUUUCCAUGAGUGCAUCCGUGCACAAGAAACGGUGCACCAGAGAGCAUAUCGAAAUGUAGUUUCUCCAGAUCAUCCCCAUGGGACAGAAUGCGCGUCAGCAAGAGCCCUCAGAAAGGCCGGGCUAAGGCGAGGUCAUUCUAGGAACGACGAGUACCGCUGUGUGUUUGCAACAUUAACGCCACGUCAAAGGAUACCAAUCAGUAAAGACCUGCCAAGGCCACGCCCGUGCGAGAGGGGAGUUAUCCUCGACGCGUUGACAUGCUCACACCGAUCCUCGUUGCAAUUUUACUGGUUGCAAGCUCUGUCGAGGGUGCAAGCAUCCAGGAGCACAUAUCUGGACUAGUCGGAGUGCCGGUACUGAACUUUCAGCUACGGCACUUUCAUACAUUAGCGCCGGACGGCAAGACGGUUCUGUUUCAGGAUGUUGCACACGCUUCCUUACAAGCAAUGCCUCGCUAUCCCAUACGCGUCAAGCCGACAAAACGCCAUAGGCCUUCAUCACAAGCCGCAUUUCAUGAAUUUAGACGGUUGUCCAAGCGGAGUAUGAGCAGUCGAGUGAACUGGGAAGAAGAUACCAUUCCCGGGCCUGACAUAAGCAGCAAUGAGACCUUAGGUGUGUUGGCUAGGAUGUCAUUCAAUGCGUAUAAUGAGCCUGGAGAUUCCGGAUGGUACGACUUGGAAGGGCAGUGGAACAUUAGCUACCCUGUCGGUUGGGAAUCCGACUCAGAUGGUUUACGAGGCCAUGUAUUUUCUACACCCGAUAAUCUGACGGUCGUCUUAUCCAUCAAAGGAACAUCAGCGAGCAUCCUUGGUGGUGGGGGCCCAACGCAGAGGAAAGACAAGCUAAAUGACAAUCUACUCUAUUCUUGCUGCUGUGCAAGAGUAGAUUGGAGCUGGAGUACUGUGUGUGGCUGCUAUGCUGGGGCAGGCAAGUGCGAUACAGGGUGCCUUGAGGAAUCGUUGGCUGAGGAGACAUUGUUUUAUCCUAUUGGCGUUAACUUGUAUAAUAACUUAACGUACAUGUACCCAGAUGCUAAUAUUUGGGUAACUGGACACAGUCUUGGCGGUGGACUAGCAUCCCUCCUCGGAGUUACCUUCGGUACACCUGUGGUCGCCUUCGAGUCUCCUGGAGAACGACUCGCAGCGAGACGCCUCCACCUUCCGUCCCCUCCUUCGACACACCAUAUCACCCAUGUAUAUCAUAACGCGGACCCUAUACCCCUGGGAGCCUGCACGGGAAAAUUAUCUACAUGCUAUGCUGCUGGUUAUGCACUUGAAAGUCGCUGCCACCUUGGCAAGACCGUUUUGUAUGAUACAGUUGGACAGCUUGAGUGGUCUGUCGACAUCAGGACGCAUGGAAUUCUCGUGAUUAUUGAAAAGGUUCUGACACUACCUUGGAAAGUACCGGUGCCAGCUCCAGAGGAUGAUUGCAUUGACUGUUUUGCUUGGGAAUUUGGCGACUUCUUGAACAAAACCAAUCCCAAACCCUAGCCUAAUCUGGUAAUUAUUGCCUUAUAAUCGCUUCCAAUCAUCGUAGAAUACUUGCAUGUCACUAGCGUGGACGCUGGUGUACCUACACCCACAUGUCUUAUAAGUCGUUGUUUAAUUGC